UGUUUCGCCUGUUCGGCCGAUGGAAUGAAAACAUUUAGCUGCGGAGUAUAUGAAAAACAUUUUAAAUGUGUGAUAUUAAUAACAAUUUGGAUAUGUCGCGACUUUUGAACUGAAUUGGAGAGAAAGGCGAGACGAGGACGGAUGGAAAAAUAAGUCUUGGAUUAUUAUUAAGUCGUUCCUUAAAUUCACUAAUUUUGUUUUUUUCCUUUAAAAAACAAUAAAUUAAGAAAAUAUAUUUCUGCGAUUUAAACUUCAGUUCUGACGGGGGAAAGUUUGAAAAUACUGUAAGUCAUGCUAACUUUGGUAUUUUACCGUAAAACAGACAACAGCAAAGAGUCGGGCACUCAGCCCAAUUAAUUUUUUUAUUCGCGUUAACUUUCUCAUUUCAGGUGAAGGUAUUUACAAUGGAAACGAAUUAAUUUGGUAACUUGGUCCACGUAAUACUUGUUCAGAACAGACAUUCCCCCUCCCCCUCUCGCUCUUCGCCGCGGUCUGCGCUAAAACCACGGGUCUGGCUUCUCACCCCGAAGAUGCGAUAGUGGGGCAGGGAGGAGGACAGUGUCCCGCUGAUUCGGCGGUUUCGGUUCAGUUUGGACCGAGACGGUCGAAGGUGAGGCCUGCGGGUCAGGCUUUCACCGGGCUAGAGUUGGUGCGCCUCGCCGGGUUCGGGAGCGCAAGGGUCGGCGAGAGGGCUUGAGUCGAGCCCGGAGGCCCAUCUAGACGGGAUGGAACGGAUGGAGGUAGACCAGUGCGCAGGCGCAGCUGCUGGCAGUGGAGGCGGGGCUCUGCGACGGUCCAACAGCGCCCCCAUGAUCACUGGCGUCAGUGACGGGAUGGCGGUGUUCAGUUCUGGCAGUACGGCCCGUUAUCGGAGGAGCAGUGUGUCUGUCAAUCUCGGUUGCCCAGGACUGGCCCUCCCCCUUUCGCCGUUUCCGCUGGUCUGCGGAUUGCUGGAGCACUCGAAGCAGCGUGUCUCUCUGUCCCAGGACGAAUGUAUGGAGCCGAACCCCAGAGGAGCCAUACACAGACAGAGUGUUGGUCCUCCACCCCCGGAAUGUCCCUGGGAGGACCACAGGAUCCUGGGCCUCCACUCUCUUGACAGUGGUAUCACACCCAAUUCCUCCCCCAGCCCAACAAGAAGAUUCAAAAACAGGGGGAGUGUCAGUCCAGCAGUGCGAUGGCCCGUCCUCACUCCACUUAAGAGGAAAGGUGGAGUGGAAUCAGAUGGCCCGCCCAAGAAGCUGUUUGUCACAGGAGUGACCGACCCCCCUCAUCUAACUGGGUACACCGUCAGUGUUGCGCCAGCUGGCUCUUCACCAGUGGGGAUGUCCGGCUGUGUGCCUCCCCAGGGAAGCCCACUCUCUCUUGCCAUCAGUGUGCCCACCCCCCCUUCGUUCACCCCGCAGCACCCCGGGAUGUAGCCAGUCGGUGCCGGGGAGAAGACGCUAGCCCAACCCAACAGAGACCAGAAUGAAGAGCACACUUGCCGAUGGCCACUCAGAGAACCUCAAGAGGGGCAGCAGCCAAUUAGAAGAAAGCAGCCUGGAAACCUGUCCAGUCCGGCUGAAAGAAGCUUAACUAACCGACUCCACCCACUCAGAUGCACAGUCUGGCUUUGUAGCCUAACAGAGCUGAUAGGAUAUGUGCUAAGCCAGUUAUAGAACAGAAAAGAUGGAAGCACAGCCGAUCACUGGAUGAUGGACAGGUGGGCGAGAGAGUGGCCCCACAGAGAACAGAUGAGGAGACAUUUACCCAUUCAAACAGCAAGACUGGUCUGGAGGUGGGGGCAUCCUAGCCGGACUUAUAGCCAAAGAAUUAGCAACAGAGAGCGUGCAUUGAAACCGGAUCAUCUAGAAUUGUGCAUCACAUACCUUCACACCUGUGUUUCCCUUUUAUAAGAAAAUGACACAAUUCGGUUUUGCCACUUUUUCAGAAUGCUAAUUUAUGAUGCCAUGCCGCCUAAACUUUAAUAUUUUGUUGUAGUUUACAGUUUUAUUUUCCAAGUGGUGUAAACCCAUCUUGGAAGAAAAUGCUUUAGCAAUAUGCAGUGAAAGACUUAAGUGGCACUACGUGAGAGAGUGAGUGGAAAGACAAGAAAUGACCACAUCAGAACAACUACUGGCUUUUCCAAAUCUGGGCUUAGAUGUAACUUGUGCAAAAGCUGAAAAUUGACAUUUAUCUCUAUAUUUAAUUCUGUAUAAGAAUAAAAGUCAUAAAUUGUGGCAGAGAAACUAGUAAUAGGACCUCAAGUGGGUACACAGUGAAUUUGGACAAAGUAAUCUGCUGGAAGCCAAGAGGAAGCUACUUUGUCAUUAAAAGAAGGUGGAAUUUCCUUUGGUAUUGGGCUUCAAGCCAAUCUUUUUAGUGUCAAAAAUUGUAAAAAUAAGGGUAAAUAUACAAGUGGUUCUUUCUGCAGCCCUUGGAAGCAGCACUUUCAGUUUGAGCCAAUCAACCUAAGGCUAAUCCUGCCAAGCACAUUAUGCGUGUAACAAUAUAAGUAACGUUGCUUUUGACAAACUCAAACGCAGUAUAUAGAUAACACAGACAAUAAAAGACACAGAUGUACACGCAGUCUAAUGCACAGUUUAAUAUUAUACUCCCAACACAGUGAAACGUUAGGCUUAAAGUCAGGCUUAGUUCCAGCCUGGGCUUUGUGCUCAGCGGCAGGGAUUCUCCAAGCUGCAGCCUUGUGCACAGCUGAGCUCCACAGAGGCGUGGCAGACUGUAGCCGACCAGGGCAUUCCUCAGCUUUGCAGGCAACAUCACCCUCAGUAUGGCAGGGCCGAGUCACCGUGCUGAUGAGAACUGCACUGGGUGGCAGGGGGUGUGAGACUAAGCUCGAGGAAAUUCUAAAACUUCUGUAAGAUUUUGGGUCCAGAAACUCCUUAUGUAUUCUUGAAGAGGUAUCCUGCAGGCCUCAUGUGGACAAAGGAAUUUUGGCUGGAAAAUCCUGCAGCAUUUUUGAAGUUUGUGUGUGUGUGUGUAGAGAUCUUAUCGCAUGAGCAGUGAGAAGGAGAGACGGGGGUGGUGAGAAUAGACAGAGGACAGUAAGAGAGGUGACACUGAGGGAGGCGACAGGAGAAGAGAAGCAGUAAGCGGAGACAGGCGAGCUGAGAGAAGACAUAGUGAAACAGGCAACAGCAAGACGGGAGACAGGACAUGCAGCAAGAGUUCGCAGAUGACUGCCUUCCAAGGUUACAUUCACUGUUUGGAACUUGUAUAUAGUAAUUGUGAAAAAUAAAGUAUUUUUAUGGACUUGUAAGAUGCAAACAACAAAAACUAUAUUCAUUCCUCUGAGUAUUUCAUGCUUGUACAAUUAACGCCAAGUGUCUCAUGUUUCUGUGAAAAAAUAUACCUUUUAAAUAUAUGAAUAAAAAUCAUCGUAUUGUAUCUGC